UCAGAAGCACCUGUUGCUCGCCUACCUGUUUUACUCGCUCUGCGGCACGGCGGCACCACUUCGUCAGUAGUGUGUUGUCUGGUCAGUACGUCGCGCGGCAUUGCAGCUGGGAAGACGUACGGAGAGCGCGGGCAGAUUCUUUUCGCGAUUUAAUUUGCGCGUGCGCGCACGCGCACGUUUGUCAACGAGUAAUCGUGUUUGUGAAAUCGCAAUCCAUGGACCGUGCGGAGAAGAUGCCUCGUCGUGCUGGCGUUUUCGGGACAUACGGCUGAGACCUUGGAGAAAGAGAGAGAGAGAGAAAAAGAGAAAAUUCGAUCUCUAGCCGUUUCUCUCGUCGCCGGCCGAAUCUGACGAUCGGACAAGGUUUGCCAUCCGCAGUUCACAAAGACGAUCAGAUCACCGAUUCUCUUCGUCGCCGUGGUAACGCUAGAAGCCACCGUCCAUCGUCGCGCCGUCUAACAUUCGCGACGCAUUUUGCGCCCGCGCUCCAACUCUCGAACGCGUAGUAUCGCUCUCGCACGGCGAGUCAAUUCCACGAAUUCGUGGAUAGGAAAGUCACGAGAUAAUACGUCGAAAUAAAUCGAUUGUUUUCUGCUUUCAAAUUUUCGGGUUUGGCGGGCAAUUGGUAAAAGAUACGACGAAAGAAAGGACGAAAAAAAAAAGAAAGAAAACCAAGAACGAUAGAAGUAUAGCAGUGGAUUUCUCGGAACAUUUGUCGCUUCGUGUUUUCGUCCGGGCGGAUCGGUUUGCGCGCGCGAAACUAUGCGACCAAAUUGACGACACGACGAAGAGAAGGAAAGCUGGAGAGAAAAAAAGAAAGAGGAGAGAGGAAGGGAGGGAACGAGCGAGAGAGAGAGAGAGAAAGAAGGAAAGCGAGUCGCGGUAAGAACGCCGCGGCGACCGGUUGAAGCCGCGGCGCGGCGCGAGAAUAUGCGCGAGAGACGGAUCUGAGCGCGAGCGAGCCAUGGAGGACGCAGCAGCAGCAGCGGCAAGCACGCCGGGGCAGGAUACCUGCUUCGGGGCGGGCAGCGUGGCCGGGGCCGUGAUCGGGACCUUUCUGACGACGAUCCUUCUGCUCGCAGUCGCCGCGCUUCUCUACAGGCAGUGGCGCCGACAUAAAAGUAAACACUUGGUGUUAGUGACAGAUCCUGAGAUCGCUGAGGAUGCAUACGCCUUCGAUAAUCCUUGCUUCAAGGAUGCCACGCCAGCAGCGACCAGCCGCGUCACGGAGAGACCGUCAUCGACUGUAUCCGGGGACACACCCGCGAAGGAUUCCACUCGAUGGUCCACACCCUGGACGUCCCUGGGCCUUGGAUCAGCAAUCCGUAGUGAUAAACGCCGAACUCUCGAUGAUUCCUGCGUCGGUCCCAAGGCCACCAGGGUCAGCGUAGUUAAUCUGCGUAGCCGUGACUUUACAGGCUUGGGUUUUAACGUCUGCGGCAACAUGAGGGAGGGUAUCUUCGUCAAGGACCUGUUGCACCGCGGACCUGCAUCCGAAUCCGGACGGAUACACCCUGGUGAUCGUAUCUCCAGCGUGAAAAUCAGCUUCCGCAACAUGGUAUACGAGGAUGCAUUGACGAUUUUGAGUUACGCAUCGCCAUACGAUGUGGAACUGGAAGUGGAGAGCGGUGGCAGCGGUUCUAAGCCAGCGACCUUGCUGAAGAAAAGCGUAGGUCCGAGUCCCACAAGAAUUUGCCAUCCUCUCUACAGGAGCCAAUCAAUCCCGGAAAUGUCGCGGGUUCAUAAAAGCGUUGCAAAACGGCUCUUUAUAGCUGAUCCAAACGAGUCCGUAGGCUCCAAUUAUUCAAUGAUAAAUUCGACCGUAAAAUCCUCAAAAUCGAUGCCGGGUAGCGGUCAGAGUCUCGAGAGGCGUCACGACGAGGCGAAGAACAAUCAUCAUCACAAAUUCGGCAUCAAGGUAUUGCCGGCACUGGACGGCACCGUACAUCGUAUCGAGAACCAGAACGAGCACAAUACAAAUCUGGAGAGAAAGCACUCGCGCAAGAUGGACGCGGAAAAGUCGCUGACAAAUAGGCAAUCUGCGACUUUGAGUGACGCCGACGAAAAGAAGCUCUGUAACGAGCGUCUUCAGCAACACGCGGACCACAGCGUUGUUCCGACAAGAAUCACCGUUGUUAGCACCUGUAGCGUCGACGUACCGGACAAAAGUGACAAGAAUGUCGACGGGGGGGGACUCAACAUACCAUCUGAGGUACCAACAGAGGUGCACAAUGCGGCUAUAGCGGCUCGCAGAAAUCGAAAGAGUAGUUCUGAACCCCUGAAUGUACAGCCCGAUUUCGAUGCCGCUAAGAGUCCUCAGAAGCGGAAGGCACCAGCGCCGCCGAAAAAUCAAAUCGAAGUAUUAUCCGCAAAGAAAGACGGCAUAGACACUAUCGAUAGCAUCGUCGACUACACGGAAUUGUUGUGCGAUUACGUGAACAAGGCACGUGAAAACACUGACGCCGCCGCGGAUGCCCGAAGGCAUCGUCUGGAGAAUCAACCGAUUAACAGACGGAAUUCUGAGUCAGAUACUGACAAUGAAAUGCAGAACAACUUUACAAUCGAGUUGAAUUCAGCAGACAUCACUAUUCAUCGCACGCCCGUGCCAGAGGCGGACGACAAUGAGGACGAGGAUGACAUGUAUAGGAAAGCAGCCAGCCUGGGUGAUCUGUCCAAAUACGAGAGCAAGACCGCGACGACCCUGGAGAGAGCGCAGAGUCUCGACAUGAGCGCCGAAACCGGGGCGAAGAAGCGCAAAGCGCCAUUGCCGCCCGAGGACAUCAACGAGUCCACAGAGGAUCUUACGAAACUCGAUCAGAUCGAUACGUUUGAUCGACGGAAGCUAAAGAAGUCGAAUGAGUGGGGCACUCUGGAAGACGUGAUCUGGAGUGAAACUGUCACCGAAGCGGAGGAGAAGACACUUGGGAAAGCGCGUACGAGGAAAAAAAGCAACGGCACUUUGGAGCGCUCCAAAUCCGCUGUAGAGAUCAAGCUGAAAGAAGACGUCAUCACUGCAACGGCGACGGCAGAUGAUAUGUUGGAACACAAAAAGCCCAACGAUAAGGAUUUAGAUCAGCAGGUCGACAGCAUCGAAUUAUACAACCUGCCGUUAAGCAAGCGAUUGACCGAGGAGUUCAUUCGCACCGAACGAAUGUUUAAUCCGGACGAGGACAAUUCCUUGGCCAGAAUCGUAAACGAUGGUCAGGUGGUGAAGAGUCCGACCCCAAGGGAAGUGGACCUAGAAUUUCAGUUGGCUGAGGAGAAACGAUCUUCCGAGAAAAGCAAGCGCGAGGUAGAUGCCGAAAACGAACUGGAUAGUAGUUCUAUGUCGGAAAAGUCGGAGGACUUUAGUCGCGCUUUGCGCUAUUUCGAGCUGCACGCAAGCGGUUCACCGACAUCUUCGGAAUCGAUGACGAAGAUCAACCUGACGCGAUUGGACGAGCGGAAGGAAGAAAGAGCACCCAUUAACGACGCGUCGCUUUACGCCGGUAGGCAGGCAGUUGUGGAAGAACCCAUCUUAAAAGUGACCGUAGAUAGACCGCAUUGUCGCGGCUGCGAGGAUAGGUGCAGCCAACACAGCGCCGACUGUAAGCAUGAGAAGCACGCCGAUCGACAACAUCGCGUGACCGUGCGAUCAUUUUCGGAGGACAACAGGACGACGUCGGGAGAGAGUACCGAGAGAGAAGUGGAACGGACAUCCACACCGACGCAUUUACGAGUGCAUGCGUCCAAGUCGGAAUCAUUGGCUGGGCGCGACCAAUUUCAAGACAGAGAGAAAAACGCAGAGGGUAAGAACGGCGAGACUUUCUCCACGUUUCAAACGCAUCGAACGAAGUUUGAACAGCAGAGUACAGAGAACCAGCAGCGCGACUCACCGAUCAAGACGAAAUCACUGACCGACUCCACGUUCGCUGAUACGCACUUUGCUAGACGCAUCAUCAAUGUUUCGAGUCGUAACGAGGACGACGAGGAGGAAGAGGAUGAGUACGAGUUCAGUUCGAACGUGACGGCGAAUAGUAAAAGCCCGUCUUCACCUAAGGAAGACCGUCAUAACAUCAGCAGCAUCAGUGUGUCGAGCGGCGAAAACAGCGAAGAUAGCGGUCUGGUCCGAGAGUCAAUGGACUAUAACAAUGCGCAGAAUACAGAGAAUCAUCCACCUUUGCCUAAUACGCCUGUACCGUCGAACGUUGCCCAAAAAAUGACCUACAUCACGGAGAUCAAAGUGUCGCCUAACAGGGAGAGCAUUCGCGAGAUCGACAGCGAGAACGAGGAAAUAACGACGGAGACUAAUGGUGAAUCGCGGAAGUUAGCGCGACACGAGAUCAAAGUGACAUCGAACGGCAAACCUACGUCCGGUAAGAAACCCCCGGUACCGCCGAGACGAUCGGACAUGACGAAGAGCCCGAGGGAAGAUCGAACAGACAAGCAGGUCGUCUACGUAUCCGAGUAUAAAUCUGCGGCAGGCAAGGGAGCCCAGAUCUUGGACAAGCAUCCAGGAACAGAAGUCAAACAAUCGGAGAACAAGAAGUUUGAGCACUGGAUCUUCAGGGCUGACAAAGAGCAGAAUCGCUGGACUCCCAGUUCCGGCCAACCACAACCCGUGACGAACAUCAUGUUCUCAUCCAGGGAUGAUACGAAUUAGAAUGUUCGCGAUCCUCGAUUUUUUUAUGAAAUGCGAACAGAAAUAAUUAUAUAUUACUUAGCUUAAGAGAGAUAUCUUAUUUGAAAAAUGUAGGAUAUUUCUUCGUUAUGCGACAUUUCUUUACGAAGACGAAAAACGAUUGUAUCGAUUAAGGAUGUAUUAUCUGUAUAGUUUUUUUUUGCAAAGAAAAUUGAAAUUGGAAAUGUGUUAACAUUUAUAUUUUAAAUAAAGCAUAUGCAUAUGAAAGUUGUGUGAAUAACAUAUAUUUAUUUAACAACACAUUUUUACAUUUUUAAAGUUCACACAUUUACUUUACUAUUAAAAAUUAAAUUAUUUUAAUCACAAUAACAAAAGUACCAAUUCUUUUGUGUAAGAAUUUUAAGUAUUCAAGAUUUAUGUAAAAUUUUAUUGCGAUUCUGAGAUUAGUAAUUGUUCUGUAAAUAAACAAAUAAAUUUUACUUAUUUACAAAACAAUCUUUAUAUCGCAAUAAAAUUUCACGUAAUUUACAUACAUCUUGAACUUCAAAAAUACUUGUAUAAUAAUUUAAAAUCUUUUAAUUUCAAAUUUAAUUUCAUUAUUUCUUAAUUUCUAUUAAAUCAAUUUCUAUUUCCUAUUAAAAUAAUCCAAGUAAAAAUCAUCAAAUUUUUUCUAUUAUUUUCAAAUACAAUAUAAAACGUUCUGUAAUGUUUUCCAUAUUUGAACACAUACGUAAUAUAUCCUUAAUAGAAAAGCAAUUGUACUGUUAACAAAUGUUCUUCAAAUGUCCAGAAAACAAAGUACUUUUGGAUAAUGUCCUUUCUAAGAUUCGAAUGAAAAUUUCGAGUAAAAGGACCAUGUGUGUCAUAACAAUAGUUUUAAACUAAAUAAUAUUUUUAUAUUGAUGUAUAUAUUUUUUGCAUCAAUUUCUAGACUUUUUGUUUUUUGACAUUUAGCUUUCUUUUCAUGAUGUUCAGUCUUCAAUUCAAUUAGACCUCAAAAAAAUUUUAUUAUGAAAAGUAAGUAAUAACAUGUAAAAAUCUGAAAAGAGAGAAUGAUUAACUUUAUGUCACGUAUGUGUUGAUGCAGUUCUUAAAGUGAUUGAGACAUUUCUCUACGUGUUUUACACAUAGUAUAUAUUAUAUGUAAAUACAUUCCCAAACCGCACAAUUAGAUUCAAAAUACACUUAAUAAAUACAGUUAAAUCAAUUUUAACGUAUUUUAAACAUAAUAAAUUUAAAUGUUUAAGCUGCAAAUUAAACAUUUAAAUUUUGGUACGUUUUCUUAAAUUAUUUAAUCCUUUUGCAACGACAGCAUUGACCACCAUUACGCCACGAGUCUGUGUAUUAUGCAACACAUAAAACAGUUUAACAAUUGGCCACUUUAGUUCGCCGCAAAAAAAUAAAAUAUUUUAAUGUUAUAUAUAAUUAUAAAUCAGAAAGUAAUAAAAUUGAACAUUUUAUUAUAAACGCACAGUAAUAUACUUUUCAUAUUAUCAAUAAAACCACAGGCGGCCAUUAUAGUGGUCUUUUAUACAUAACAGUAAAGUAGCUAUUAUAGUGCCUUUCGGAAUAAAAGAUUUAUUAAAUGUUAUAAAAACGUUUUACAAGUCUUUAUAAUGUUCAUUUUUAGUUAAUGCAAAAUACUGUUCUUAUACGUCAAUCAUAUUUUGGCGGUUUAAUAAAUGUUAAAAACGUUUGAAGGAUAAACAUGUUUAUACAUCAUAAAAACAUAGUUAAAUGUUUUUUAAACAUUUAAACGUGUUUCAAUAUGAUCUGCUUGGGAAUAUGUAUGCAGGAAAAUUUCUUUCAUGAUUUUACUAAGAAGUUUUAUCCUUCAAACGGAAAGAUAUCUUCAUUUGAAGUGUGAAUAUGUAAAAUAUUCAAAAUUGUAACAAUUUUUUUAGACGAAGAGAGAAACGUGAUAUUAUAUCUCAGAUUUUUAUAUCAAUUUGUAUUUAAUUUGUCUUCUAAUUUUGUGUAUGUAACUUAUAUUAGUAUUUUUAAAAAAAUCAAAAAUAUUUUGGUAAUAUAAGUGUUGCUGCAUUGCUAAUACAAAUAAUAUAAUGAAAUUGGUCUAAGUAUGUUUGCAAUAUCUACACACAUUUUAAAUCACUCGGAAAUUAAUUAAAAGACAUCCAUUAUGUCGAUAAUAAAUACGAGAUGUAUCGUGCGAGAUAAUCAGUAAAGUGCUGAAAAACUGCGUGCCAUAAAGAAUAAUUAUAAUUAGAGGAGAUUACUUGAGGUAGAAUUGAACUGUAAACGUGUAUGUAAAAUUUAAGGAUUUACAGUGCGCGUUAUACAUAUAUCAUGAUCGAUCAUUGUACGAAUAGAUAAUACUUGUAAACGUGAUAAUCGUAUUUUUAUUCCAAAUAUUUUGCAAUAAUUGUAUCGUACAUAAAUGUAGGCCAGUGUUUUAAACGUGUACGUGUGACUAGCAAACUUAACGCAUUUUAUGAAAGAUAUUAUGCAUUGUUCGUUAACUUUUACUCUCCUUGUUUUCAAUCAAAAUAAUUUUUAAUAGAGUAUUAUUAGAAUUUAUUAACAGAAUAUAUAAUGAGAUGGUACAUAAUAUCCUAAUUUAUCUAAAAACUGGCAAGAAAUUUUUAUAUAUAUUUUACGUAUAAUAGCUUUCUCUCCUUUUUCAUUUUUUAAUUAUUUAAUAUUUUUAAUUAUUUAAUAUUAAUCAUCGUACUCUUAUUGCGCAUGUGCUGAAUGUGAUUAUUCCAUUUUUUGUUGAAUAUCAUUUUUAUAUUACGUUUAUUUCAAGAGUGACUCAAAAUGAAAUAAUCACAUUUAAUGCCAAAUGUAUAGCGAGAACGUAAAGUUUUUUUAUUUGUAUCCUUUUAAUUUUUAAAUAUGUUACGAUUAUUCCCUCUGUGGAGAUAAAAAAUCAAAUUAUUAUCUUAUUGUUCGCACUUUGAAUAUUUUAUUUUAGUUAAGUAUCUUAUGUCAUUCUAUACGUCCAUUACGAUAUAAUUAAUAUCGUCAAUAAGACGUUUGUAAUCAAAUAACAGACCGUGUAACAAUAGACCGCGUAGCAUGUAAGCAAAAUAAUUUGUAAAUCUGAGACUUUAUAUAUAUAUAUAUAUAUAAUGACUUUUUGUUUAUUAACGUACUAACAUUUGUGUAACUCGUAAUUUUAUAUGUAAUCGUUCAUACAUACGAGUACCAUUCGUAUGAGCUACCAAGUAAAUGUGAGUAAUUAAUAAAAUCCUAUGCAUAAUUGUAUUAUUCGCUUCAAAUAUAUUGAUGCUCAAGUAAAUAUUGGGCACGUUGAAAUUUUAUUUUCAAUGGUAUGUAAAAAGAAGAGCGUGUUUUUUUGUUGUAUGAUCAGAAUGUUUCUUUUAUAGCAUCUUGCAUCGUGUCUUUUUAUUGUUAUCCGAUGUUCCUCGAAAAGUCAAUAGAAAUUGUAAAAUAUAUGGAUUUACUGUAACGCGCUAUUGACAUCAAGAUAUAAAUGUUUCACCUUGUACAAGUAUAUGCUGGUAUCAUUAACUAUUAUUAAAGAAGCGAUGUUAUUGUUAAUUGACGCAAGUCAGUCAUCGAGUCUUUCUUGUGUGUACGUUAAAUGUAAUAUAAUUUAUUUCAAGACUAACAUGUUGGUAACAUAUUGUCUAUAAUUUGUUAGUAACAAAUGUAUAAAGUUUUAAUAAAUAAAAGUAUAUAUUUUUAGA